UUUUUUUCAUAUAUCGCCUCUAAAUUAAAUUUGUAGCUUUUUAACAUAAAACUAUUAUGAAUUAUAAAUAUUGAGUUUAUAUAACUUGAAUUUCAGUGUAAUGAUGAUCAAGUUAUAAAACAUGCUGCAGUAAUAAAUUUAAUAUCUGACAAUGAAAUGACAAUAACACCGGAAUUAUUUUUUAGUAUCAGAUUGCACCAUGUUAUAUGAAGUCUAUUGAAUCAUCGAGAUGGCAACUUCUUAAAUUGGGUGUUACAGUUCCAAUAAAACCUGGAGAUGUUUGUACUCUGGUACCAGAUAAAUGUUGGUUUAAAAUUAUAUCAGUGCCUGAGAGAAUGGAAAAUAAUGAAGACUCUCUACUAAAACGAAAAGCUGAUGAAGAUAUAGAUUCUAAUACUACAAAUGAUAAAAGAUUCUGUUCAGGAGAAGGAGAUAAUUCACAGUCUUCAUGCAGUGCAUUGGAUAAAAUAUUAAAUAAUAAUAGUGAUAUAAAUAAAAUUAAUGUUGAAAAAACUGUUAUAGAUGAAAAUAAUUUAUUAUAUAAUAAUGAUGAAGAUAAAAUACAGGAUUUAAACUCUACAUUAAUGUGUGAACAUCAUAACAUAGAUCAAUCAUCUGUAAUUAAAGAAGAUUAUAAAGUUCAAAAUAUGAAUAUAAAGGACAAUAAACCUUCUACAAGUGAACAGAUUUUAAGUCUUAAGGAGAAUUUAGAUUUACCUUGCACAAAUGAAGACAAUGAAAUAGAUACAAUGGUAGAAGAUACACAAUCCUAUAUUUCAAAUGGACAGGAAUCAGAAACAUAUAACAAUACUACAAUAAAUAAUUUUAGAAGAAACAAAUGCAAAUAUGGAAAGAAAUGCUAUAGGAAAAGUUCGCAGCAUAAAAAUAUAUUUAGUCAUCCUGGAGAUUCUGAUUAUGAUAUAUCUGAUAAUAGACAAGAAUGUCCUUAUGGUACUAGAUGCUAUCGUAAAAAUCCUCAGCAUAAAAUAGAAUUUAAACAUAGUGAUACAAAUAUUACAAAUAAACGUAAGAAACAGAAUUCAAAACGAACUAAAGUACAAGAAUCUUUGGAUACUUUAAGUGGAAUGGAAGAUUCAUCUGUAGAGGAAUCUGCUGAAGAAUCUGUUGAUGAGUCUGAAUAUGAACCUUCUGAUAUUGAAACUUCUGAUGAUAAUGAAAUGUAUUCUGACAAAAAUGAAAGCGAACUAGAAAAUGAUAUUGCUGACUAAGACAUAAAUAUUUUUUCAUUUCAAAAUAUUUGGAUAUUUUUGAAUUACUUAUAUAGAUUUAAUUGUGUGUUUAAUUUUAUAUUCAUGUUUGCCAUAAAUUUUUAUAUUUACAUGAAAACAUAUGUCAAUAUAAGAAACAUGACAAUAUAAAAAUUAUAUAUCUUAUAAAUAUUUUUGCAAUAUUGAAGUUGAUAAGUGAGUAUAAAGAAAUUUUAUUUCUUACAAAUAUCAGAUGUAUAAAAACAAUGUUAAAUAAACAACUUAAGAAUAAUUAUAAUAUGAUUAUAUUUUUUUAUGUAAUUAUUUUUAAGUAUUCAAAUUUAUUACAGUGAACCCUUGAUCUUUGAAUGAUUUAAUGUUCGAAAAAACUGAAAUUCAAAUAAAAAAUUCGAGAAUUCAA